UUUAGCAAGAGCUUUCAAAAUUAAAGUGGAACAAAAUAUCUUCAAAUCUCGAAGCAUUAAUUGGCACCAAUAGAGUGCUAAUAUUUUGAUUGUGCAGAAAUUAACAUUAAGCAUUAAUUGCAAUCCUAUGCUUCUCAACUCUCAAGUCACCUCAUUUUCAGAAGCAGCAGGGAUUUAUUAAAAGUUAAUUUUACUGAAUAAGGAAAGCAGCUGAAUAUUGCUCCACUUCUCAAAAAAACCUGGUGUUGCUCUAAAAAAACCCAGUAAAUCGGUGUUUGCUCUUGCCGCUUGUUGAUCAGAGGUGAAUGGAAGCUCUGGUGCAACCUUUCGUUGGAGGUAUUGCAAUGGCAUCCGGUUCAGAAUCAGCUCCAGAAAAGGGGGGGUUAAGAUGGGCGGUGUGCCCUACAGAAGAUAUGGUGCAAGCGUUGUUGGAGACUUUAGUUGAUCCUCUUUUGCCACUGAGAGUCUCUAGUGUACCUCCCUCAGAAGAUGUUCAAAUAGCUGUUGCCAAACAGAUUCAUGCAGUUGUUUUGCUCUACAAUUACCACCACAGGAAGCAGAAACAGGAGCUAGUAUUCCUCGAAUUUGUGGAUUUCUGCAAGUUGGCCAUUGUCAUCAGGCCUCCUCUGAUUGCGUUCAUGAUGAUGACGAAGGAAAGUGAACCGCAGGUGAUGUAUGAUACUGAAGACCUGCUUUCAAUCACUGAGAGAGCAAUUAAGAGUGCAUGUGAUAUUGCUCUAGGUUUAGAUGCGUCUAGAGAUUUUCCUAAGAUGGAAGGAUGGCCAGUAUCUAAGUUGACAGUGCUGCUAAUUGAUUCGAAGAAGGAAAAUUGUAUACUCCAAUCUGGUGCUGUCACUGAAGGUGCAUUGUCACUUCAAAAGGAGCUCAGUGUGUCUAUCAUUCCUCCAGAACUAUCAGCAGGAAAUAAAGUUGGUAACAAGAGGAGGCGAGAUAAUCUGUUAACUUAUAGUAAUACCGAGUUUCUGCAGCUGGGGUAUGAUGUUGUGAAGGAUGUCACUGGAAUCAGCAGUUCUGAACUUGAGGUUUUGGAGACCCAUGUUACAUAUUCCUUAAGUAAAGAAAAGUCAGCUGCUUGGUUUUAUAUAAUGCAAUUCCCUGGAUCAUUCGAUGGACACAAGCAAGUUCCUCUUAAGUUUCUUUUUGAGAGUGUGCAGGGCCCGUUAGCAGAAAAGUGUGCUAAUGGUUCGUGGAAAACUACCCCCCUUAUCAAGUUAUAUCACAUGCUUCCUUACAUGGGGAUAAUCUGGUGCUGGCUAUCGAGAUUGGAGAUGGGAGUGAACUCUUCUGACCAAAAAGCUGGGCAGAAUCAUUAUAACAAUAACAAGUUUUUCAAUUCAUCUCCUGGACAAGUAGCUAGUCCCAUUGAUAUCUUUCAGGGCACAGAAAGAUAUGUUAAUCUCACAAGCGAGUUCAUCAAAAGAUUUGAAAUUCUGGAUUCUGCUGAAAGCAAUCAAAAUGGAGUUCUUGAGAAUUUAGCUGAUGGGAGUGAGCAACCCGGCAAGGGUUUAUCAUCUAGCCCUUCGAGAGGCCUGUAUGAGAUGCCGAUAAAAGUUAAUAAUGCCAUGGAGGAGAUUGAGAAAGGGUGUGAUAUUGCAGAUCCUACUACAGAGGUGGCUAGCACAAUCCUUGAAAAAGCAGAUGCUGUGAGUGAUGAUCCUGUAACUGAUCCCUCUAGUCGACUGUUUGGAAAGACGGCCGUAGAUGACAGUUUGAGAGAGAAGUUCAAAGAAAAACCUUUUGGAGAUUCUGGUAAAAACAACGAAGGGAGAAUAUGUCCUGAAAAUUUAGAUGAAGAACUAGUUGAAUGUUGCAAGGUUAUAUUAGCUAGCCCUCCAAGGUUGUUGAAUACUACGAAUAGAAACGACUUGUCUGAUACUUGCACUGAUAGUGAAGAUAAUAAAAUGCAAAAUACAAAAAUAAGAGUUUAUUUCCAUAAGAGGAAGAAAAAUACAGUACUACUUCAAGAAGCUGUACCAGAUUUAAAGGAGGAUAUGGCAGGUUCUUUACAGUCAAAUCUUACUAAAAAAAGAGACGAGAAGGUAUGUGGAGUUGAGGGUAAUCUCACUAAGACGUGCAACCAAACUGGUAGUACUUCAUCAGGGGACCAACGAGCUCAGCUUGAGGCUAAAACUAAGCACACUGUAGAAGUACAAGGUACUUUGGAUUCUUUUAGGUCAAAUCAGCCUCAAAGAAGAUAUGAGAAGGUAUCCGGAGAUGAAGGUUAUCUUGCUACCGCGGAUAACCAAACUGGUGCUGCUUCAACUAAGAACCAACGAGCUCAGCUUCAAGUGUGCAAUCACACUGGUAUUGCUGCAAAGGAAAACCAGCUAGUACUGUUUCAGGAUAAUUGUAUGCUCAAUUUAGGAGCACAGACUACACCAGCUUUGGACGAGAUGCAUAGUGCAUUAACACUUAUUAAUAGAAAAAGACAAGAACUGUACUUCCAACUCUGCAAUACGGUGGAUGAACUAGCAUUAUGUGAAGAUAUUUUUGACAGAAUAUUGGGUGGAGACAUUGAUUUGGCUCGUCAAUGUAUCAAUUCUAUCAUUAGUGGUAAGUUUCACUCACUAGUGGAGAACAGAACACAAGUCCACCGUAAUGGUAACCAGCCAGAUGAAACCAGAAUUUCUCAGCAUGGGAAUCCCACCAGAUUAUCCAAAGUCUAUCUUCCUGGAAAGUCAUCAUGUCAAGAUUUGGAGUAUACAUGUCAGAGGAAUGACUUGAGAGAGCCACGGUAUUCAAUUCAAUUUUCUGAUGGUGGAUACCUGUCAACUGUGGUGGUGACAGGAAAAGAUUUCGAGCUUCAUGCAAAGGGUGGUGUAGAGUCUCAUCCUCGCACAGCGAGGGAGACCGCCGCUGCCAAGAUGAUUGCUGAAAUGCUCCACACUUGGUUCUCAACAUUAGCAACAGUGGAACCCACCAAGGUGCAGCCGGAACAAGAGCUCAGCAUUGGAACUCCUGCGGUGAAAGAGACCACGUCUAAAGGACCGAAAAACACUCGGCCUAAACGGAAGGCGAUGCAGCUCGCGAAGACCUCCACACCAAUGCAAGAUGGCCUAGCCGACGCGCAGCCAACUCCCAAACCCUACACGAUCGAGGACAAAGCCCUGAAGACUUAUCCCAAGAGGAAGAGCGCGCGGCCCGCCAAGUACAAGGACUUUAGUUUUCAUUAGAAUUAUUCCUUCUAAUUGUUUUUUUCAUUUUUUGCAUUAUUUUCAGCAUAAUCAUUGAACUAUGUUAGGAUCAGAUUUAUUCAAAUCUUCUCGGGUUUUCUUCUUGAUUCUUUCCCGAGACGUAAGAGUCGAAUCAAGCAGGGUCGGUUCUAUAAAUAAUAGAACUCAUUAGAGGUCAAUUACUGAGAAAUAAAGACAUUCUUUCUUCUCA